AGGAAGGUAUGGAGUCACUUCGGCGGCUGGUGAGACGAGUGAAGCCCUUCGAGCACGUCGGCCUUCUAGUUUUCUUUCUCUUAACCGCCCUGCUGUUCGUUUUUCUGCUCGGCUUCGUCCAUUUGGAAUACGGCUGGUGGCGGAGCGGCCGGGACGAGAGUGGUGUGUGGAGAUCGGUGAAGGUGGUUGCCAACGGGCAGAGAGGGAUGAACCUCGACGACGGGGACUGCGAUUGGUUCGAGGGGGAGUGGGUGUGGGACGAGAGGUACCCGUUGUACGAGUCCAAGGAUUGCCGUUUCAUUGACGUGGCUUUCCGUUGCUCCGAGAACGGCAGGCCCGAUCAGUUCUACACCAAGUGGCGGUGGCAGCCGGCCCGCUGCAAUCUCCUCAGGUUUGAUCCCAAGAAGAUGCUAGAGUGGCUAAGGAACAGAAGGUUAGCGUUUGUUGGUGAUUCCAUUGGGGGGAACCAGUGGGAGUCCCUCCUCUGUAUGCUUUCCGUGGCAGUUUCCAACAAGACCUCCAUUUAUGAAGUUAAUGGCAACCCAAUUACAAAGCAUAUGGGCUUCUUAGCGUUUAAAUUUGAAGAGUACAAUUGCACCGUUGAGUAUUAUAGGGCACCAUUUCUGGUUCUCCGGAGCCGCGCUCUGCCAGGUUUACCAAAGCAAAUUAAGACUACACUCAGAUUAGAUGUCCUCGAUCCGGCAUCUUCUCGGUGGAGAGAUGCCGAUGUGCUUGUUUUUAAUACCGGGCACUGGUGGAACUAUGAGAAUACUAUCGGAAGUGGUCGCUAUUUCCAAGAAGGGAGUGAUGUAAGGAUGGAACUUACCAUCGAGGAUGCAUAUCGGAGAUCAAUACAGACAUUGUUUGAAUGGAUUCAUAGAGAAGUUGAUAGGAGCAAGACUCAUGUUAUCUUUCGCACUUAUACUCCUGUUCAUUUCAGAGGUGGUGACUGGAGAAAUGGAGGGAAUUGCCACUCAGAAACAUUUCCUGAUCUAGUUUCACCUAUGAUCCCAGAAGCAGCAUGGGCACAUUUGUUGGAACCAUUCAAAAACUUUCCAUUGAAAAGUUCAUACCCAACUCAGGAUUUUGAGUUGGAUCUGCUGAAUGUAACUCAGAUGACUGCUCGAAGAAAAGAUGGCCAUGUUUCGGUAUUUUACUACGGCCCCUCGAGGACUGCCCCCCGUGACAAACAAGAUUGCAGCCAUUGGUGCCUGCCAGGUGUUCCAGACACAUGGAACGAGCUACUCUUUAUGCUCAUCCUGAAACGGGAUUCUACACUUAGUCGAAAUACCACUGCAUUAAGCACGGCUGGCUAACUUGCUUGUUAUUCAUCCAGGAAAGGUAAAGCUCUGCCAUUCUGUUUUGUAGGUCCAAACAUGGUUAGAUACUCGCACCAUCGGCUACAUAACCAACUGGCUUGCAAUACAAAGGGCUUGCUGAUUAACUAACUAGCUAUGACUUCAUCAUUCUACAACCUAUUUUGUAACUGCGAUUGCCCUUCUGA